AUGAGCAAACUAAGCGCAGACGCUAUCAGGCUGCUGAGCGAAGGCAAGAACCUGGCAAUCAUCGCCACCAUAAUGCCCGACGGCUCUCCGCAGGCUACCGCCGUAUGGGUUGACACCGACGGCGAGCAUGUCCGCUUCAACACCUCAGAGGGACGCGUCAAGACGAACAACCUCCGCCGCGACCCGCGCGUGGCAGUCGCCAUACUCAACGCUGAAAACCCCUACGAGCAGGUUACGAUCCGCGGCCGUGUCGUCGAGUUUGCGCAUGAAGGUGCGAUCGAGCACAUCAACUCCCUCGCCAGAAAAUACGUCGGCACAGACGAAUUCGAAGGCCGCGAUCCCAACGACCAGCGCGUAAUCGUCAAAAUCGCCCCAUCCUAA